AUGACCAGAAAGGUCUUCACGAAUUCCAGGGAACGGUGGAGGCAGCAGAACGUCAACAGCGCCUUUGCCAAACUGAGGAAGCUUAUUCCGACUCACCCGCCAGACAAAAAGCUGAGCAAGAAUGAAACCCUCAGACUGGCGAUGAGGUACAUCAACUUCCUUGUCAAGGUCUUGGGGGAGCAAGGCCUGCAGCAAACAGGCGUGGCAUCACGGGGGAGCCUUUUGGGGCUGUUCCAGCAAGCACCCCACUUGCAGGGCAUGGAGGAACUGACUCUACUGGAGGACGGUGUGAUGUCUUUCCCUGAGCCGAGCAGCCACAUAGCAGGGGGCUGGUCUGAGCCUUCGUCACCCUAG